ACCGAAUUUUUGAGUGCGACUCCUCCACAAUUUUUAUUAAGUUGCAACUUUUGCCAAAUUCAAGUUAUACCAAGCAAUGGUUUAGGGUUGACUUGUCCCUUACAAAUAAUUAAAUUGAGGCGAUAGGAAAAUUGUGAGUAUAAAUAAGACUAAUAAUUUUCAAGAAAACGAAACGAUACUAUUAUCAUUGAAAAAUCAUAUACAAUAUAUAACUAAAUCAAACACAAACAAUGUCAUUCAAAGCUAGCGCAAAUAUUUCAGGUAAGACUGCUCUUAUUACUGGAGGUACUAAGAAUUUAGGAGGGGAAACAGCUAAAGAUUUAGCUAGUCAUGGAGUUAAUUUAUUCUUACAUUAUAGAUCCAAUGGUGAAGAAGCAGCUAAAUUUCAAAAGGAAUUACAAACGAAAUAUCCUGAUAUUAAAGUUGAAAUUUAUCAAGGUGCUUUAACUAAAGCUGAUGAUGUUACUAAAUUAUUUGAUGCUGGUUUAAAAGCUUUUGAUAAAGGGAUUGAUUUUGCUAUUAAUAAUGUGGGUAAAGUUUUAAAGAAACCAAUUAUUGAAAUUACUGAAGAAGAAUUUGAUGAAAUGGAUUUAGUUAAUAAUAAAGUUGCUUUAUUCUUUUUAAAAGAAGCAGGAAAGAAAGUAAAUGAUAAUGGUAGAAUUGUUUCCAUUGUUACUUCAUUAUUAGCUGCUUAUACUCCAUUUUAUGGUAUUUAUCAAGGUACCAAAGCUCCAGUUGAAUUCUAUGCUAAAGCUUUAUCAAAAGAAGUUAAUAAUCGAUUUAUUUCAGUCAAUAAUGUUGCUCCUGGUCCAAUGGAUACUCCAUUUUUAUAUGGACAAGAAACUGAUGAAUCAGUGGCUUAUUUAAAGAGUGUUGGUUUUGGUCAAAGAUUAACUGAAACUCAUGAUAUUGUUCCAAUUGUUAGAUUUUUAGUAUCUGAAGGUGCUUGGGUUACGGGUCAAACCAUUUUUGCAUCGGGAGGAUUUACCGCCCAUUAGUUAUUCAGUGAAUUUGUCUACAAUGUCAAAAAACAGACACACUUUUUUAAAUGAUCAGAUGAAAUAAAUCUUUCUUUUUGGUUUUUAUAUAUUUUAAUAAAUUUAUAAAAUUAAACACGAUAAUAAAACAAAUAAUUUGAAACAUCUAUAGCGAAUUUUAGCGGGAAAAAUCUUUCUCUAUUUUUAAUAUUUUUUUUUGAUUUUGAUUUUAAAAACAGUCGAAAAUGAACUUCUAAUUGAAUUCCAGCAAUUAAACGUCAAACAUAGCAGUUACGGUAAUGGUAGUACAUUUUUUCUAACAUAACAUACCAAGACAUUCUUCAGCACAACAACAACAGAUCAAUGCACAACAAGAACCACAGAAGGAUUGACAACAUCCACCUUGUUGUUGAGGUUGUUGUUGGACAUACAUUGGUUGUUGUUGUUGUUGGUAGUAACCACCUUGUGGUGGACCUUGUUGGUAAUAACCUUGUUGAGGAGGACCUUG